CAGGUGCCGCCUCCUCUGCCGGACCGGCCGCCCCUCUGCGGCGUCGGCCUGGGGUGGGAGCCCCUCAUCUCCCACGCCGCUGCGGCUGAUGCUCGGGCCUGACCUCUCUCACCCCUCCCUCCCUCUCUCUCUCACUCCAGCAAGGCUACCGCUAUCCGUCCAGUCUAGUGGCCAAAAUAAAUGGUCACUGUCGACCGCCCACGUCUUUGAAAACAGCGUUCCCUUCGGUCUUUGGUUCCCCGCAGGACGGAGAGAUUCAGAAAGCAGCUACGAUUCCUUCCUUAAUUAUUACUCCUAUUUUUUUUUUUUAUGAGUUAUUCCUCUCCCGAGGCUGGUUUUAACACACCCGGAAUCGUCAGGAUUUUGUCUGAAAACUGUUGCAUUUAAAGACCCCAAAUUUGCAUGCUUCAGCAAAACUGAGUAUCCGCCCUUCAGUGGGCACAUGUGUGCUUCGUACACACAGAGUUUAGACGUUCUUUAAAGGUUUUAAUUUUGCCCUCGUGGUUUCGACUGCACAGAAUGGGUUCUCUGAUGGAAAACACUAUACCACACGCCCGGGAGCCGCUCCUCUCUUCAGAUUGAAGGUUUAUAACAAAUGUGGAAGGAUGUUCACUUCAGAGAAAGGAGUUGUGGAGGAAUGGUUGUCAGAAUUUAAGACACUACCAGAAACAUCUUUACAAAGUUAUGCCACAAAUUUGAAAGACAAGAGUUCUUUAGUUUCAUCUCUCUAUAAAGUUAUCCAGGAGCCACAAAGUGAGUUGUUAGAACCUGUCUGUCACCAGCUCUUUGAAUUCUAUCGCAGUGGAGAGGAGCAAUUACUGCGAUUUACACUGCAGUUUCUUCCGGAACUGAUUUGGUGCUACCUUGCAGUCUCAGCCAGCAGAAAUGUGCAUAGCAGUGGAUGCAUCGAAGCUCUUCUUCUAGGGGUUUACAAUUUGGAAAUAGUUGACAAACAGGGACAUAGCAAAGUACUGAGUUUUACGAUUCCAUCUUUAUCCAAACCAUCUGUAUAUCAUGAACCUUCCAGCAUUGGGUCUAUGGCUCUGACCGAGAGUGCACUAUCCCAGCAUGGUUUGUCAAAAGUAGUGUACAGUGGACCACACCCCCAAAGAGAGAUGCUGACAGCACAGAAUAGGUUUGAAGUGUUGACAUUCCUUUUGUUGUGCUAUAAUGCUACCUUAACCUAUAUGCCCAGUGUUUCUCUUCAAUCACUGUGUCAAAUUUGUUCAAGAAUCUGUGUUUGUGGAUAUCCCCGACAACAUGUACGAAAAUACAAAGGUGUAAGUAGCAGGAUACCAGUUUCUUCAGGAUUCAUGGUGCAGAUGUUAACAGGAAUUUAUUUUGCCUUUUACAAUGGAGAAUGGGAUCUAGCUCAAAAAGCAUUGGAUGAUAUUAUAUACAGGGCCCAGUUAGAAUUAUAUCCAGAGCCAUUGCUGGUUGCUAAUGCAAUAAAGGCUUCAUUGCCUCAUGGCGCCAUGAAAUCUAGUAAGGAGGGUACAAGGUGUAUUCAAGUUGAAAUCACACCAACUUCUUCUAGAAUAUCAAGAAAUGCAGUAACCAGCAUGUCAAUUAGAGGUCAUAGGUGGAAAAGACAUGGAAAUGCAGAAUUAACAGGUCAAGAAGAACUGAUGGACAUAUCUGAAGUUGACGAGGGAUUUUAUUCCAGGGCUGCAUCUAGUACCAGCCAGUCAGGUUUAUCAAAUAGUAGUCACAAUUCUAGUAACAAGACAAGUGUAGGAAAGACUCAGAGACGAUCAGGAGGAAGCAAAACUGGAGGAAAAGAAAAAGAAACUACAGGGGAGUCUUGCAGAGAUCACUUUGCUCGAAAACAAACUCAGAGAGCCCAAAGUGAAAAUCUUGAGCUUCUCUCCUUGAAGAGACUUACGCUAACGACCAGCCAGUCUCUGCCCAAGCCUAGUAGCCAUGGUUUGGCUAAGACGGCUGCAACUGUAUUUAGUAAAUCCUUUGAACAAGUCAGUGGUGUCACAGUCCCACAUAACCCAGCAUCAGCUGUUGGCUGUGGGACUGGAACAGAUGCCAAUAGGUUUUCCGCUUGUAGUCUCCAAGAAGAAAAGCUUAUUUACGUUUCCGAAAGGACUGAACUUCCAGUGAAGCAUCAAUCAGGUCAGCAGAGACCUCCUAGUAUUAGCAUUACUCUGUCCACAGAUUAACUUACCAGCGUUUUCUCACACAGCCAGUGAAUCUGGAAGUAUGACUUUGCUUCUUUAUGAAAGUGCCCAGGGUCUUUCAUCCCUGUUCCUGACAGGAGCCCAGAUGUCUUAAAUUCUGAAGGCUAUCUUGACUUUAUGAAGGGAAUAAGGUUUAGGUUGCAGUAAGCUGAAAUAUGGUUUUGUUAUUACUUGGUUGUGUUUUUUUCUCCUUGAUUUGAGUCUUCAUUUUCUUUGUUUCUGUUGACCUAAGAUGGUUAGUGUGACAACACAUUUGAGCAGAUUGUCUAGUCAGAUUGGUUACCUCUCAUGUGAGGUGGUUUUAUCUUCCCCCAAUGACUCCUAUUUUGGUAGCUGUAUGUUUGGCCUUCAGAGUAAAAAGGAAAUCUCCAUGUAUGGGAACUGUUUUUAGAGGAUGAGGGAGAGAGGUACAACUCCAGGAAUUCUACAGCUGGCCAUUCGGCAAGCCAGUUUGAAAAACAGGCGUGUGAAAAAACAAAAAUGAUGUGUAUGAAAAAUGCCUGAUCCACAUUUGUCACCAGAUCAUCUUUAAGAUUAGUAGAACAGUUUAUAUAAAACACUGGAAAAUGCCUGGUAACUCAGUACCUAGACUAUUAUGUGAUUCCAGGGAUGGGCAGGAUUUCUGUUCCUGUCUUUGGAACAUUUUUAUAUCAAAAAUCAAGUUGCUGGAGAAUGUGUUGUUUUGAGGUGUUGGAUCUGAAUGUAGCAGGUGAAAAUUUCUUUUAAUUUCUAAGAUGUAAUGGACCAUAAAGCUGACUUACCCUGCUGCUUGGCUUGGAAAUCCUAGCUAGUUUGGGUUUCUUUAAUUCCAAGUACACGUCAUUGAAGAUUCCCGGAAACCGUAAAUCUUGCAACAGCGCUCAAGAUGCCAGUGUCAAUCAUAUUGUUUGUCUUCAAAUGAAGGAAAUUAGGUAAAUUUUUCAUCUAUAGAGUAUCAUGAAAAAAUUGAGUGAAAUAUGGACAAAGGACAUUUACAUAAUAACUAAUUUAGGAUUGUUUAUGUUGUGUUCUUAAAUUUAAAAUGAAAAAAAUUAAAUGUGUUUCUUAUUUUGUGAACAGGCCUUGUUAUGAUAGAAAGAAUAAUCAAUGUAGUUACCCCCAACCAAAAAAUAAAAAUAAAAAAGGCAAUACGGCGGAAGCUAAACAAACUUGUAUGUAACUAUAGAGAACUGUAUGACCUCUAGAUGGACAUAAAUGUUUGGUAUUUGCUAGUUCAGCUAUGGUUGAGGUUCCCUGUAAAUCAGGAAUACUUAAGUAAUAAUUUAGAGCUAGAGAGAGGAAGUAUGGCUGAGGACGAGAGUAAGGUGACCAGGAAAGAAGGCUUAAGGAGGGGUCCACUUGGUCUCUUUUACUGUUAAUACACAGUGGUUUCCUUAUUCAUGGUCCCUAGCUGUGGUCACACAGAGAAAAUGCUAGUUUUUUCAUGUACUUGCUUAUGCAGAGCUCAAGUAUGUGAAAAACGUGUGUGUCUUAAAGAGCGCCAACACAUUUACAGUAUGCAUGCAGUUCUGACUAUAACUAGUUUGGCUACCGUUUUUCAAUCUAAUUAUUCAAAAGGCAUGAAUUUAUUUUCAUUCAUUAACCCUGAAUAGAUAUGAUUUUUAACAUAAGUAAAUCUUGUUUUCAUAGUUCUAGUAACAUAAUAAGAUGUAUUGGCAUAAAUUAUAAUAACAAAAAAAAGUAAGGCAUCUAGACAGUGAAAGUUGACAUAGUAUUAAUUUAAUAAGAAUCCUGUAUACAAUUUAAAAUGUUUGUAAAAUACCACUGUGAAUUUCCUAUUGCCUGUUUGUAAUUCUUUAACAAAGAAUUUUCCCUAGCUACUAACAGUAGUAAUAGUCUUCAGAACUAAUUUAUAAAGGUUGGCAUUUAAAGCAAGUUAAGGUGCUUAGGAAACAUUGUAGAAUAAGUUUAAGGGAACAUUAGCUGACACAAGUGAGAGAUCAGAUUUUAAUUUUCAACGGCUAUAAUGGAAACUGAGUUUGGUAUUAUUCUAGGUCGUUGCCAAUCAUGGGGUCUGAGGACUGGUAAAUAGCAUUGCCAUCACCUGGCAUCAUGUUAAAAAUGCAGAAUUUCAAAGUCACCCCAGAUCUACUGAGUCAAAAUCUGCAUUUUAACAAAAUCCUCAAGUGAUUUUUCUGUACAUUAAAGUUUGAGAAGACAGUAUCACAGUGCAAACAAAUCACUUAUCUAAUAUUUAGAAUCCUCAGUGAUCUCACAACCCUAGAUCAGAUGUGUUAGAUACUAGAUCAUCAUAAUCUUCAUUGUUCUUAAUGGUGAAUUAAUUUUAAUAGCGUCAAUGACACUUGACUUCUUAAGUCCUCUAAUUAUAAAUUUUAAUAAUUCUCAUUUAUUUUUACAAUAAAAAUGUAACAUUUUAUAUUUUUCUUGUUAACCAUAAAUGGAAUCAGAGCUGUAGGUGUUUACAAUUUAAGUAUGAAAGGGGUAUUACAUUUUUAUAGAAUGAACAACAAAUUUGCAUGUGUACAUUCUUUAAAAAACUGAAGGCUUAUUCAAUGGUGUGGUUAUGAAUUUCUGCUCCAAUUAAUUUCCACCAGAUAAUUUUCUGGAGUGUGGAGAAAUAUUAAAAGUAGAAUUCUUUUAUAGGACAUUUGAUACUAUUUACACAUUUGAAACUUUGUAUAGCUAUUAUAAAUAUUGGAUAAUGCUAAAUAUGGUAAUAAUCGUAAUUAUCCCAACUAUUCUCUUCCCACUAACCUUUCCAAAUUUGGAAGUUGGAGUGGCUUUUGUAGGUCAUUUUCUCAUGAAGACGCUGAUAUGACCAUUUGGUCACAUACUUCCUCUAUAUCCAGAAUAAUACCUUUUUAUCAUGAGAAGGAUUCUCCACAAAACCUAGGCCUUGCACCCCAUCACUCAGAGGAUCUGAGCAGAACUUGUAGGUCCAUUCCACAUUUUAAACCUCUAAAGAUUCUUGAAAUUACCUAACUUCCCACUGUUCAAAUACCGAAAUACCUGGGGUAUUCUAGUGAAGCUGGGUCCCAGCGUUUGCCUUUUGGAGUACAAGCGAGGAGAGAGAGAAAGUAGACUUUUCCCAGAGGGCCCAGGGCAAAUGAGCACCCUGGGAUCCCUUGUGCACCACCAACGAAGUGUUUAAGGCAGCCCUGGAGACUUGCAGAGUAGAAAUUCUCAGUCUUUAAAUGACAGAGUUCAUUUUGAAAAAGCAAUAUUUUAUUGCCCUUUUCAAUUUUCAUGCAACUGCUUAGCAGACCUUACUCAUUUAAAAACAAAAUGUUGAAUUAAAGAGAAAUAUGUUUUUUAAACCAAAAUAGAUUAAAAAUGAUCCCAGUUUUAAGGGAUUUUGCCUUUUUUGAAAGAAUAAAAUUGAAGUGUUAAACCUUUAAAUUUAAAUUAUAGAAAAAAUGUACUCUGAGGCAUACUUUUAAACCAAUAUUUAAAAUAGGCUGUUUAACAUUUGAGUCUAUAGGCACAAUAAAUCUAUACUUUAUUAAAAGGAAGCACAUCAAGGAAAUAUGUAGUUAAAAAAUGUAACUGAAAAAUAUUUUUAAAAAGCCAUUUAAACAAAAGGAAUAAUUUGAUGGGUACUUAAACUAAACAUUAUAGAUAGCAAUGAUUGUAUAAUGUCUUCCCAAUCUUUGGAUGAAAAAUAGAAACUCUAGUCCUUUAAUUAGCAUGAAUUUGUACUUUUAGAUUUGUUGCUUAGUAAAAUUACACUCAAGAAUUUGAAUUAUUCACAUUUAUGUUUAAUAUUGUUAAACUCUUCAAUAGAAAACAUAAAUAUGUUGUCUUUUGUACUUUGUAACUUGUGCAUAUCUAAAGAGACUAGCAGUGAAUAUUUUUGGAAGAUGUUUUUGUUUUUGUAUAGUAGAGUUCCUACCUGUGGCUUGAUAUGAAGUUUCUACCAGUAAACUCAAGAUCUUAUUUCACAUACUGUUGCUUUCUCUUAAGUAAAGUUUAUUGGAUACUUCUUAUCUUUACUUCUAAUCAUGUAGUGAUACUAACUUUUUCCUAGUAAGUAUACGUGUUUCUAAUUGUAUUCCUAGAGUUUACAUUCCUAAAGAAUAAACUAUGACUUUGGAUAUUUUUAUGUACUCUCGACCUUUUCAAGGCUAUGGAAAUAAACUACAGUUUAGUUUUUUGAAGUUUUGUAUAUUUGUGUAAAUGUUCUCCAUAUGCAAUACUUUAUACAGCAGUGUUGCCUCUUGUUUCACUGAAAUAAAAACUGAAAAAAAA